CAAGCCCAAACGGCAUUGAAAUUAGAACAUGGAUUGAAUCUUGAUAUUGUUAUUCUAUAUCUAUAUUUGCUUACUCCACAUUCAAUAGUUUUCCAGGAUUAAUGGCAGUGGCAGACAAAAGAUAAGAGAAAAUCAGAUAGCAGCAAUGGCAAUCACAAGGUUAAUGGCUAGAGCAUCCGCAACAGACAGGCUCUCUGCAUUAUCAGAUGAUGUUCUUUUAAAUCAUAUUUUCACAAAGAUUUCUUACAGAGAUGUUGUACGCUCCUCCAUCCUCUCUCAGAGAUGGCGAUUCUUGUGGAGGAAAACACCCAUCCUCAAGUUUUGUCUAGAGGACUUUGAGAAACAAAGAGAUGACAUGAGGAUACAGGCCAUAAUUAAUAAGGCCCUGCUCCAAGUCGAUGCUCGUCUUCUCUAUUUCAAUCUUCGAGUCGCCUUGGAUAACCCCAAGGCUGUCGAUAUCAACACUUGGAUUCGACUUGCAGCUGAAAAAAAGGUGAAACGCAUGGAGGUAUACAUCUCUUAUAGAGAUCCAAACACUAGGUUUGACGCUUCUACCAUAGUGGAGCUUGGAGACUCCUUUUUAAGAUGUGAAAACCUCACUUCCCUACAACUGAUAUCCAUCCAUCUUCCCAUGAUACCCAAUAACUUUGGGGUUUUCCGAUCCCUAAACACACUUUAUUGUAUGGGUGUUUUGAAUUUGGAUGAUGCCAUGUUUGAGCGAUUAAUGGCUGUAUGCCCACAUCUCCGAAAUUUGGGGAUUGUCAUUUGUGAGGGGUUGAGAAACUUGAAUAUACGUUCUUCCAAACUCAGGUACCUAAAACUAAUAGGUCUAAGCCCUGAUUUAUCAUUGCAGAUGGCUUGUCCCCGAUUGACAGAAAUCAGCCUCGCCGAUUGGGGGUCAAUCCCGGGGCUAAAAUUACUACAAAGAAUUUCAAGAUCAGAAUCUAUUAAACGUAUUACUCUUCGAAAUCAUAAUACCGGCAAUGCCAUUAAUCCAGGAAUUCCUAGUAUUACUGUUCUUAACAGUUUUCCUCAGCUUGAAGAGUUGACAAUCCAUGGCCAAUGUUUCCAGGAGAUGAUAUCAGAUGAGAUUUCAGUACCAGAGUUGACAUUGCCAAAUUUGAAGAUGGUGCGUGCCCACAUUGGCCCAGACAAGGAUGGACAGACAGUGGCAUUUCUGGGUUUUCUUCUCAGACAUAGUCCAUUAAGUGUAACAAAAGUUUUUCUGCCUGAACGCUGCCCUAGGAUCAUGCGAAUUAAAUUGCAAGAUUUGGAAAAGGAGUUCUCAAAAUCAAGAUUGUCUACCACCACAAGAAGAUGGUCAAUGAAUUCAAAAGAAUUUUGCCAAUUUUGUGGAAAAUAUGUUGAAUAUUAGUGGCAGGUUUGCAGAAUUUGGAUAACAGUUUCUAUUUUCUUAGGGAAUUUAUUUUUUAUGAAACAACCAUUUUCUGCAUAGUCUCUUCAAAGACUACUUAGUAUUGCAUGUCAAGGGAAUUAGCUGUUUUAAAAACAGAUGUACAUUUAUAUGAAAAAAGGGAUGGUUAUGUUAUUUCCCAUAUGGUGUUUUAAUUUCUACAUUCAUUUGUACAAUAUGCAAUCCUUUUUCAAAGAUUUUGUAUA